CCCAUCUGCAGGGGGGUCUGCCCCCCGCGUCCUUCUCUGACGCCCCGCUGCUCUCCCCUGCCCGCAGAGCACCAGCACGCUCGUUACAACCCUCUGCGGGACGACUGGGUGCUGGUAUCGGCCCACCGGGUGAAACGCCCCUGGCAAGGGCAGCUGGAGAAGCCGCCCCCCGAGGAUGUACCCCGCUGGGACCCCAAGAACCCCCUCUGUCCCGGGGCCACCCGGGCCAACGGCGAGGUGAACCCCCAGUACGAGGGCACUUUUGUCUUCCCAAAUGACUUCCCUGCGCUGCAACCUGAUGCUCCAGAACCUGAUGACAGUGAUCACCCCUUGUUCCAAGCUGCCCCAGCCAGGGGUGUGUGCAAGGUGAUGUGCUUCCACCCUUGGUCAGACCUGACGCUGCCCCUCAUGUCCCUGGCAGAGAUCCGGGCUGUCAUUGAUGCGUGGGCAGAGCUGGCGACCGACCUGGGUGCUUCCUACCCCUGGGUGCAGAUCUUCGAGAACAAGGGAGCGAUGAUGGGCUGCUCCAACCCGCACCCCCACUGUCAGGUGUGGGCCAGCAGCUUCCUCCCGAAUGAGGCACGCCUGGAGGACCGGACCCAGCGUGAGCACCUGAGCCAGCAUGGUGUGCCCAUGCUGCUGGAGUACGCUGAGCAGGAGGCUCGCCGAAAGGAAAGGCUGGUGGUGGAGAAUGCGGACUGGCUGGUCGUGGUGCCGUAUUGGGCCACCUGGCCCUAUCAGACCAUGCUGCUGCCCCGCCGCCACAUCUGCCGCCUCCAGGACAUCAGAGAGGGCGAGAGGGACAGCCUGGCCUCCAUCAUGAAGAGGCUGCUCAUCAAGUACGACAACCUCUUUGAAGUCUCCUUCCCCUACUCCAUGGGCUGGCACGGAGCCCCCACAGGCCCCCACCUGGAGGAGGACUGCAGGCACUGGCAGCUCCAUGCCCACUACUAUCCCCCACUGCUGCGCUCUGCCACUGUCCGCAAGUUCAUGGUGGGAUAUGAGAUGCUGGCGCAGGCACAGAGGGACCUCACCCCUGAGCAGGCAGCUGAGCGCCUGAGGAGCCUCCCUGAGGUGCACUACAAAGAAGGGGACAAGGAGAUAUGAUGGGGAACAGCGGAGCCGGUCCUCAUAUGUGGUGCUGUUCCUUGUCUCUGUCACCAUCCUAGGCUCUGUCUGUGCCUCCACAGCGUGCUCCUACCACCACCAAAGGGCUUACACUCCUUACCAGUCCAGUCUCACUGGUGGGAUUGGGAGUUCUUCCUUCCCUGUGGAGGGACAUACCCUCCCCUGACCAUGGACAAUAAAAUCUGGAAACAAAA